CCCGAAACAUGCACGGGGCAUGGACGUCCGAGCGAUGGCGAGCAGCACGCUGAUGGGGUCGUCCGACCGACGUGGCAUCGAUUUCGUGUUGGCUCUCCGGUGGUCUACUCCGUGAGGGCUGGCGGCAGGUUCGAGGACACUUGGGCCGUCGAGCGGGAGCUCGGCUCGGGGGCCUUCGGCACGGUGCUGCUGGCGCGGCACAGGGCGCUGGGGUACCUCCGCGCCGCGAAGCGCAUCCGGCGGAAGCCGCAGGACAGGGAGCAGACGGCGCUGCUGCUGAACGAGAUCCACUCGCUGAUGGACCUGGACCACCCCCACGUAGUCAACUGCUCCGCUACCUCGACGAGGGCUCCGAGCUUUACUUGUUCUUCGAGCUGUGCGAGGGGCCGAGCCUCUUCGAGCGCAUCAACGACGCGUGGGCGUCCGGCGGCCUGAGCGAGGCGGACGCCGCGGUGGCCAUGUGCCAGACUUAGCUGCGCUGAUGUGCCAGAUGAUGAGAGCUCUGAAGUGUUGCCACGCCCACUACAUCGGCCACUUCGACAUAAAGCCCGAGAACUUCAUGUACACGAGGCCUGACAAGGUGCACCUGAAGCUGAUCGACCUGGGGCUCUCCAGCAGCUUCAAGCGGGACUCCAGCGAGGUGCGCGGCUCGGUGCCGUACAUGGCCCCGGAGGUGUGGGACGGCACGUGCGGGCCCGAGGCCGACAUCUGGAGCUGCGGGGUGGUGCUCUUCGAGAUGCUGACGGGGACCAACUUCCUCGGCGACCCCGGCGCCCUGGGAGACAGCGAGGCGCGGCGCCGCGUGCGCGACCGCGCCUGGGUGCGGCAGCGGCUCCGCGAGGCGAGGGAGUGCCGGGAGCUGUCGCCCGAGGCCCAGGACUUCCUGUCGCUGCUGCUGCGCCACGACCGCCACCGCCGGCCCACCGCGAGGGAGGCGCUGGGGCACCCGUUCCUGGCCUCCACGGACCCGCUGGGGCUCUACCCGCCAGAGGUGGUGCGGCGCGCGGAGGAGAGUGCCUGGAGGACUUCCCGAGGGCCUGCCGGGAGUUCACGGCCGAGCCCGUGCUGGUCCGCGGGGUUGUUCUGCUCCUCGGUGCUCGCGGUGGCGCACUUCAGCGCCUACUGCUUCCCGCAGACGCGCCCCCAGAGGCUCGCCUUCGCCCUCGCGGACGCCGGCUCCGACGGCGAGCUGUCCAUCUCGGGCGCUGGAGAGCUACUAUCUGCGGACCGCGGGGUCUGUACCCGACGGACUCGAGGGGGCGUUCCGCGAGGUGGACCUCAAUGACGACGGGUACAUCUCGUACACGGAGUUCUUGUCGGCCACCCUGCCCAGCUCCGUGCGCCGCGACGAGGCCCUCCUCCACGAGAUCUUUCGGGAGAUGGACAGGAACCACGACGGGCACC